AUGAAUAAGAUAAAAUUUCAAUUAUUUAUUUAUUUAUUAAAACCAUCAAUUAUAUUUAUGUUAAAUAAUAAUGAUUCAUUUCUAUCAAAUGAAUAUUUUAUUGAUACAUGUUGUUCAUUUAAUAAAAAUGAUAAAUUAAAUAUAUAUUGUAAUAAAAAUGAAAUAAUUCGUCUUAAUUUAAUUGAAAUAUAUUAUAAUUCAAAUGAAUAUUGUUUAUCCGAAUAUAAUUGUUGUAAAUAUCGAACAAAUUGUUCACGUCGUAUAACAAAAUAUUCAAAUAUAAUUUGUAAUGAUAAAAAUUCUUGUUCAAUUGAUAAAACUUGUUUAAAAAUCUCUAAACCAUGUUCAAAUAAAAAUGGUUUAUAUGGACAAUAUAUAACUAUUUAUUAUUCAUGUUUAUCAUUAUUAAAUAAAACAAAUAUUUAUUUAAAUAAUGAUAAUUCAAUACCAUUUAUUGUUAAAUUAUUAACAUCUGAAGAUAAAUAUGAAAAUAAAUCAAUAAUUAAUAAAAAUUUAAUUGAAUUUAAUUAUUUUAAAUCAUCAUUAUUAUCUUUAUAUUCAAUAAUAUUUUUUUUUCUUUUAUUUAUGUUUAUUAUUUAUUCAUUAGCUUAUCAAUUUGGAAAAAAAAUAUUUCAUAAAAAAAAUUUUAUCAAAAAUAAUAAAAUUAAAUUAAAUCAAGAAUUUUUUAUAGAAGAUAAUAGAAAUGUUCAAUCAAAUCGUUCAAAAACUAAUAAAGAUAUUUAUUCAUAUAAAAGAAAAUAUUUAUUUAACAAUUCAAUUAAUCGAAUUAAAUAUCCUUAUAUUUAUUAUUCAAUUAAUCCUUAUCAAAAAUAUAUUCAUAUUCAACAUUAUCCAAAAACAAGACAAUUUUAUUCAAUGACAUUUAAUCCUUAUUUUAAUCAUUAUACUAACUGA